UAUGUUGAGUUUUCCCAGGAUUGGGGGUAGGCAUAUUUUUAAAUUGUUUUUAAAUUUGUUAAUUGUAUGGUCAAUAAAAAUUUCCUUAGGGAGUAAAUUCCAAAUGGUUGUUGUUCUGUUAAUGAAAGAAUUCGAAGUUUUAUUAUUUUUAUGUGAAACUUGGAUCAUAUAAUUGUGUUUUCUAGUAGGCCUAGAAUUUUGUAUAAACAUUUCGUUAGGGUUUAAGCUUGUUAGAU